UUCACUUUCGGCAAUUUCAAACUCUGACGGCUCCGCAGAUAUUUCGUUCCUCCACCUCCGAGUCGCGCCGCCGCCGCCGCCGCAGCCGCAGGGCUUCCUCUGGUUCGAAUCAUCUUUCUUCGAUUCUCCUGGAUCGCUCUGUCUCCAUCCAUGAGUUGCGUCGCGCUGAGCGCCCUCACUCUCCCUCACGCUUCCUCCGGUCUCCCGAGGAAGACCUCUUCACGCCGCAGCCUCCGAGCGGAGUCCCACUCCUGCACGGCCAGCGCCGCCGCAGAGAGUCUACCGCGCCUUGUGCUCCACGACUCCCUCGAUGAAGCCGGAGUCGAGACCAAGCUCGCCCGAGAUGCCAGAGAAGGGUUCGUGAAACAGAUACAGAGGCUGUCGAGAAUCGGCGGAGAGGCGAGCAUCGUCGUCAGGGUCGGAGCCGACCUCGCUAGGGCGUCGCUGCAGAUCGCGGCGGAGGAUGAUUCGCUCAUCUCCCACUCGUCGGUUCCGCUUCCGGUGGAUUCUUUCAUCGAACGGCUGGAUGAUCUUUCGAUGGAGUUCUGCUCCCUCUACAUGCCGCCUUUGAAGUCUCCGCCAGAGGUGUUUAUUGGGAACCUUGAACGAUAUUUCUAUGUUCACAAGGGAUUUCAUAGAGCCGAUGCCAUGUCGGAUGCUCGAUCCUUGUAUCUUCAUUCGGCUUUGACUUGUCGAUCAGGAUCAGCAGGCAUACUGUCACUCAUAUACUCAGAAAUUAUAAAAAUGUUACGAGUGUAUGGCUUUUUGGAGUUUGAUGUGGAGGUCCAUUUUCCUCAUGACCUUAGUAGUCUUCCUAGGGGAUAUCAGAAACAGAAAAGCCAAUCAUCUGAUCAAUCUCAUAUUAUUACGACGAAGUCGCUUUUGGUGAAGAUCUUAAGGGAUCUUAAGGAUACUUUCUGGCCAUUCCAGUAUGAUCGUGCUACUAGUUUAUUUAUAAGAGCAGCACAUGCUGCAAAUCUCACUUUUGGAUCAAGAACUGUUGGAGAAAGACACUACAAUUCACGUGGCAGUGCCAGUGGUUUCGAAAUAGCUUCUUCAAAGGCUGCUCAUCAUAGAAUAGAGCGUGGAGUUUGGACUAUCGCUCGUUUUGGUGAUAUGCGGCGUGCAUUAGCAGCCUGUGAGAGACUCGUACUCCUAGAUGCAGGUCAUGAGGAGCUAAGAGAUUAUGCAAUUCUUCUAUAUCACUGCGGAUUCUACGAAGUAUGCUUACAGUUCUUGAAGUUGUAUCAAAGCACAAAGGAUUCUUGUUGCAAUUCAGGGCCUGAUAAAAUGAAAGAGUUGGAGGAAGAUCUUACUUUAAAUUUAAUGGCCCGAGUAAAUCUCAUUCUAGGUGAGGAAGGUUGGAGCAAGUCUGAUGUUAGUACAAAAUAUUGGGGUAGAAGCCCUGAGCCAUGGUAGUUUGUUGUUGUUUUUUUUUUUUUUUUUCAUUUCGCUUGUAGUUCAUAUUGGUCAUCUCGAAUUCUUGAUCCUGCACGAUCAGUUUAUCUUUAAAGUUGUCUUGUUGAUAACAGAUGCAUAUAGAAUGAAAAUAGUGGUUAUAUAGAAAGAAAGUUGUUUGUAGGUGCACGUAUUUGCGUCUAUGUAAAAAACUUGUAAGGAAAAUCUGCAGUUUCUUGUUAAUUAUUGGUAAGAUUCAUGUCCCAAAUAA